UGUUCUCACCGGUCGCGGCGCUCGGGCACAGACAGACUCGUGUGCGCGCCCAGCCCCGAGACACGACAGGUCUGGAAGUCCGAGGAGGAGGAGGAGGAGGAGGCAGGACAACGCUGCUGGAGCGGGGAAUGAUGGCGAUGACUUCGCCGUGUGAGUGUUCAGUUGAGGAAACAGUGCUCCAUAAAAGAAGCUCCGCCGGACCCAUGGCACCGUUUGUAUAAAGUUUAGCAGUUUACCGACAUACACGCAAGAGUCUCUCCAAAACCUUGGAUUUUCUAAUUGGGCUGCAAACAAAACAAACAAAAAAUGAUCAAAGCGGAGAGCAAAGGAGGCGAGAGGACCCUGAGGAGUGCGUCCCCACACAGAAAUGCAUACAAGUCUGACUUCCACGCCAUUAAGUGCUCCUUUGAUGGGCCAAAAUCCGAAGGCGCUGCCAAAUCAUAUGCAAAUGGAUCCAGUGACACCCGGGAGGACUCGAGGGGGAGACCUUUUGGCACCAGAGUGAACAAGAUAAAGAACAUAUUCCUGCAGAUGGAUGGUCAGCAACAGGAGUGCCAAGAGGGGAAAGUAACUUUAAAGUCUGAGGUGCCCCAGGUGUCCCCACCAAAGGUGCAAUUCCCAGCCAACACCCACCGAGUUAACUUCAACAGCUCUACAAGCCCAGAAUCACAGAAUUUAGAGAAAACACCCAAGGGAGAAGAUGUUGAAAUUGACAAAGUGGCUUUAGCAGAGAAGUUUUCUGUGACCAGAAAACUCUUUGAAAGGGGCAUCAAAGAGCAGCCUUCGGCCGAAAAGCAGUCCUCAAGCAGAGUGGUGACUCGUCUGUCGCUUGGAAGUGCCUCUGAUGAGGGGAAGAGCACAAGGAGAGUAUCAGGAUCCUCCGACACACUUGAAUGUCGACCGGAUGAGAAGGCUGAUAGUGAGAAAAGAUCCAGAGCGUCACUAAAUGCAGGACCUAUGUCCAAAAGGUUGGAGAAUUAUAUGGCAGAGAAUGACUCGGAAGACAACAACACAGCUGCUGCAAAAGGAGAGCGAGUGUCUGCUAAACAACACAGUACCACUGAACAUUUACUGCCUACCUCUCCAACAAGGGACAGCUUACACAAACCUACUUCUCCUGUUAAAGAAGCCACUAACUCUACACCUGUCACUGAUGCCACUAAGAAAAAUGCACCCCAGACAGCGUGUGUCAUAAACAAAGCAGCGCCUUUGGGGUCAAGUGUUGGGCUUAAACCAACAUUCCCAGUUACCAACGCAGCAUACAAAUCUGUUUCUCCGACAACUGAUGCCACUAACAAACCCAUCUCACCAGAGCAAACAACCCCAGUUAGCCAUGGCUACAAACGCUCCUCAUCAUCCAGUGAUGGAUUUAGUAGGACAUCUGGUGGUGGGGAUGAAGCCAAACCACAAAGUCCGCCCCCAAGGGAUGUGAAGAAGCCUCUUCCAUCAUCUGGUGGUUUUCAAAACACCAACAAGGCUAAAUACCCUGAAAAAGCCAGCAGUAAUGAUGGAGCAGUACACAGUCCUACCGGGGUUAAGCCAGCCAGCCAGACCCCAUCACUGGACUCCAGGGGGGUGGGCAUGGUACGGGCAGAGCUGGUAGUGGUUCAGAAUGAGUCCUCAGAGAGUGAGGAGAAUGAGGAUGAGAAUGUUGAAGAUAAUGUGUUUCAGGAGCAGAAGGUGCAAAGCACCAAAUACCAACCGACAGACCUGAAAAGAUCCUUUGCACCAGAAAAACUGAACUGUAAUCCUGCUCAUCAUGUCUUAGCGAGGGAUGUUGCAAAAGAGACGCAAAGGAUAGCUGAGACUGUGGGUGAAGGUAGAGUCCUGGAAGACAAUGGAGGAUUUGGGUUGAAGGAGGAGAAAAGGGAAGACCGUUUAGUUCUGAGUCAAGAUGGAGAUACUAAUUGUGAAGAAGAUGACGAGGGAGCAGAGGAGGAAAGUGAGCUGGAGGAGCAGGUGGAUAGAGCCUCACCAGUAGUGUACGGCAUUGAGAAUGCAGCAUUUGUGGAUGACAGAGAUGUAGACCAGGUCCUCAGGGAAGAGGAGGAAGAAGAGGACGAUGAGGAAGAUCAAAUGUAUAGGGAGUAUGACGACUGUUAUGAGACCCCCGGUCUGUCGGAUGAGGAGGAGCCUCCCUUAAAGAGGAAAAUCAAAUUCUCCACAGACCCCAUUCUGGUCUUCAGUACCUUCUCCAAUGAGGAAUAUGAUCGGCGCAACGAUGACGUGGAUCCAGUUGCAGCAUCUGCAGAGUACGAGCUGGAGAAGAGAGUGGAGAAGAUGGAUGUGUUCCCUGUGGAGAUUGAGAAAGGAGACAAUGGACUUGGCAUCAGUAUCAUAGGAAUGGGAGUGGGAGCUGACCAGGGUCUGGAAAAGCUUGGCAUUUUUGUGAAAACCAUAACAGAGCGAGGAGCAGCUGAGAACGACGGACGUAUACAGGUGAAUGACCAGAUAGUGGAGGUGGAUGGUAUCAGUCUUGUGGGUGUCACCCAACUGUUUGCUGCUACAGUCCUGAAGAACACCAAAGGCACAGUGAGGUUCCUGAUUGGACGAGAGAAGCCAGGGACGCAAAGCGAGGUAGCCCGCCUCAUAAGCGAGACACUAGAGCAGGAGAAGAACCAACAGCAACACCAACACCACUUGGAUGACCCUUAUGAACACUCUACAGAGGAGGAGGAGCGCUAUGAGGAGGAGGACGGAGUGGAUGAGCGGAUUCUGGGCUCUAAUUUUUCUCCAGGGCGAAACGCAGAGGUGUUUGAGCUGCCUGAUUCAGAGGCUUUGUUUAUGCCGACCAACAUGGACAGUUCCCAGAUGGCCUUCAAGUUCAAAGAGCUGCAGCUCAAACACAGCAUUGCCACAGCUGAAAUAAACCAACUGAAGGAACAGUUAAGGACAUCUGAGGAGGACAAAGCAUUGUGGGAAGCCAGGGAGUCUGCAUUGGAGCAAAAGAUUGAGGAUAACAACGACAAAAUCCUGAAGUUGGAGAGUUACUGGCUGGAAGCCCAGGAGCUGUGUAAGAGUGUGAAUGAGCAAUUAGCUGAGACUCAGACCCAGUAUGAGACCCUGGACAAGAAGUACAACAAGGCCAAGAAACUGCUCAAGGACUACCAGCAGAAAGAGAUAGACUUUGUGAAGAAAGAGGAGGAGCUGAAGAAAGUUCUGGAUGAAAAGGACAAGUGGUACAAGGAGCAGCUGGAGAGUUUGCAGAACAGGUUGGCCGCCCUGGAGUCCAGAAAUGCCUCCGUUGUAGACCGUCAGACUGGUCAAGACUCAGCAGCAGAUAAAAGAUUAAGCAGCCAGGACCCAAUCACCAACACGCAAUCUGUUGACUCACUACUAGAAAAAGACUGGAGUGAGUUUGUUCCUGAGACUGAGCGUCUGGACACCAGUGCACACAGAGCUAAAGGCCUGCUGGCUCAGAAAGCCAAACGUCAGCCUCCAUCACGCAGCAAACUGAAGGAGAGCCUCGCAGUGACUUCAAGUCACUCUCAGGAAACUGAAGAAGAGGAGGAUCAGGAGGAGCCGGAGUCUCCCAGGAGGAGGCGGUCCAUGCAGGAGAGCCUGUCCCUCCCGGUGCCCAUCUGCUACCCUGGGAAUGGACAGAAAGACGAUUCAGCAGAGAGCAAAGAUGGAUCCAAGAGUAAGGCAGAGCUGUCCAGCAGCCCGUCUUUGUCAGCCUCACUGGGAGACAGCGUUGAAAGCAGCGGGAGUCCUUCUUUGUCCCCUCCAAAAGACUCCCCGUCACCACAUUCCCCCUCCGGUGUGACGCGCAAUGUCAAGAAGCGGGAGUCCAAAAGCAAAGGCAAAGACCUCAAAGAGGAGCUUAAUGAGGCCUCACCCACAGGAAAAUCUAAAAGACGAUUUCCAGACUUUGGAGGACUUAGGAAGUCAGGUGGAAAAGGGAAAAAACAUGACAAGGAGGCGAUGAGAGCGUCUUUGGACAGCAGGGGAUCAGCAGAGUUACUGGAGGAGUCUGGAGGGAACCUGUCUCCUGCAGAUUCAAUGACCUCCAUCCCGACCUGUAUGCCCUUCUCCUGGUUUGGAGACAAGGAGAGGGAAAGAGACAGAGAGCCGUCCUCCUCCAGCAGCAGCCUGCCGUACACUGCAACUGAGACUAGCAGUGAGCAAAGCCAGGAUCGCAAGAAUAAAAGUUUUUCAGUCAUAGAUGAUUCUAAUCCUGCCAGUCCCAGUACAGAGAUCUCUGGGUUAGUUGCUGAACCCAAUCUGUCUGGGCGCUCACACACUUUAAUCUUCUCUUCCAGCGAGACUUUGGAUGAUGAACCGGUAGCUAUAGGAAAAGAGUAUCAGUGGCAGAACCGGCCUGUCUCUGAAUGGACCAAUCAGCAGGUCUGUCACUGGUUGAUGGGCAUGAAUAUGGACCAAUACACACCUGAAUUCACAGCUAAGGGAGUGGACGGCCAGCAGCUCCUGCAACUGGACAGUGACAAGCUGAAGGCACUCGGAGUGUCGAGUCAGAGCGACCGCUCGACCAUCAAGAAGAAGCUGAAGGAUCUGCGUAAAGCUCAGGAGAAGCUGGACAAACAGAGGGAGAAAAAAGAGAAGGAGGUUCGACGCAGUGGGAGACUUCAAGUCAGUACGGACUCUGUCUGCUGAGGAAGCAGCUCUGUCUAACUCAUAAACUCCAUCACUAGCAGAACCAUCAGAAAUCUUUUUUCUUUUUUUAAAUAUAUAUAUAUAUUUUUGGUGCCAUGACAUUCAUGUCGCAUGGUGUCGCAACCAGAGAACAUGACUGCCAGGAGUGAACCUGUGCCGACUGAGGAGCCAGUUAUGAUUCCUACUCAUGCUGUAGCAUCCCGUUUCUCUUGUCAUCACUGUUUCUCUCAAAUAUUUUAACAAAUCAGCUUGAAGCGUUUUUAACCGAAAGAUGGGGAAUGUCAAAAACAAAGUUGGGUUUGUGACCAAAAAGGAAUCCUAACAUUUUUUUUACCACUAAAAAGCUAGAAGCUGUUAUUAUGAAACGUCUGUAGCUGUUGCAGAUCAUGCACACAUUAACCUAUGGAAGUCAAACGUAUACUGCUUUUUCAGCAUUUUAUAUUUUUGCUAGUAUAACUUGCCUGUUUCCAUGUACAAGUCUUUUGCAGGAACGGUGAUUGUACAGUUCAGAUAAAAGCACUAUAUUUGUCUUUUAAGCUUCAAUGGGCGACAAGGUUUUAAAUGUAUAAAUAAGUUUUAUACAUGUGCCUAUUAACUGCAUCUUUUUUUUUUUAUUACUUAAACACCAUUGUUCAUUUUAUACUCUCUACAUUUUUCUACUAAGUAGAAUAGCUUGGCCGUCGUUUUUGCUGAAUGAAAAGGCAACAAACAAAUCAAGUAGGGACGAGGUGAACGCUGCUGCUGCUGUCCCUGACUCUGGCUGUGUGUCGCUGAGAUGGUACCACGACGCUCCAUGUAAAUACACACACACACAGCAUGCGGGUCUGCUACACGUACGCCUCACCGGUCCGUUAGACAGUGAGCUGUGCCUAUGACAAGGACUUGCGUGAGUCGGGAGCACAGCGUCGUGUAUAAAUGUGAGGCUGAGCGAUGAACUGUGCGCAGCCAAACCGAAGUGCUUCCUUUCUUCUUCCCGAGCGUGAUGCCGUGUUCUGUACGGAACGCGACGUGUCGGAGUGCAAAGAAAAUCAUGUUUUCACACCUUCCGAAUCAGAGAAACAUUUGUUGGUACACACAGCAUCAAUAAACUAAUUUUCACUUUA